GGGUGGAAAAAAAAAGGAGGACAGUGUGAUCAACCCAAAGAACAACCGACAAGUGAAGUCCCUUGCGAAUCAACCGAGAAAUCGCGGAUAAGAAAAAAAAAAAGAUACCGACAAGAGAAAUCCCGGUAACAAAUGUACUACUAAACCCAAAAAUCGUCCUUUUUCUCUACGAGAUUUUCAACUUCGAUCUGAAAACUCCACACCACCUGAUCUCUGGGACGGAGCCUUGAUCGCAGAGCUUCCGAUCAUUGCUUCUGUUUCUCCGCCAUGGCCGCUCCUUUCUUCUCAACUCCCUUCCAGCCUUACGUUUAUCAGUCUCCACAACAAGAUGUGACACCUUUCCAGAUUUUGGGUGGUGAAGCUCAGAUAGUUCAGAUUAUGUUGAAGCCACAAGAGAAAGUUAUUGCAAAGCCUGGUUCCAUGUGUUACAUGUCUGGCUCCAUUCAAAUGGAAAAUGUUUUUGUUGCCGAAAAUGAAGCAGGUGUCUGGCAGUGGCUAUUCGGCAAGAAUGUGGCUAGCAUAGUUCUUCUCAAUGCUGGUUUAAGUGAUGGCUUUGUUGGAAUUGCUGCCCCUUCUUUAGCCCGAAUUCUUCCGAUUGAUUUGGCAAUGCUAGGUGGUGAACUUUUGUGCCAGCCGGAUGCGUUCCUUUGCUCCAUCAACAAUGUGAAAGUGACUAAUACAGUUGUUCAGAGGGCCCCUAAUGCCGUUGUUGGUGCUGAGGGAUUCUUGAGACAGAAGCUAUCUGGCCAGGGGCUUGCAUUCAUUGUUGCUGGUGGAUCUGUUGUACAGAAAAAUCUUGAGGUGGGUGAAGUACUUGCUGUGGAUGUUGCCUGCGUUGUGGCCUUAUCAGCAACGGUCAACGUUCAGGUCAAAUAUAAUGGUCCCAUGAGAAGGGUGGUCUUUGGGGGAGAAAAUCUAGCAACUACAAUUCUAACAGGACCUGGUAUCGUCUUUAUUCAGAGUUUGCCUUUUCAUCGGUUUUCUCGACGCAUCGCUAGGGCGGUUACAUCUACAAACAUGAGGGAAAACCCGAAGUUCUAUUUCCAGAUUUUCAUUUUCUUCUUUUUGGCUUAUGUUGUGAUUUUAUCGUCGCUAAUCUUGACUGAAAAUAUGUGAUUAUGUCUUUUCUAUUUUCUUUAUUAUACUUGUUUCCUUAACAUUACAUAGGGCCUUCCUAGCUACCUCUUUUUUUGUUGGGAUGUUGCAGUUUCCCUCUUUAGAAAUUCAAUGAAUUUUACAGAAACACUGUUUGAUUUAAAACCCUUGGGCUGAAAUAGCAAAUACGAUUCAAGUGUCUCUUAAAAUUUAA